GAACAGGAAAUAAUAAAAUAAACGUAUCCAUGGAAACCGAUAAAUAAAAUAAUUUUCUUUACGCAUCUAUAUUAUAAUAACUGAUUCGUAAUUUAGGUAAACAAUAUUAGACUUCUGUAUUAGGCAUUUCGAUUAUUAGUAGUUAAUUUAAAUGGCUGAUGAACCUGAAGUUCUUGGCGAAGGUGAGGGCGAAGAAACUGCGGCACCAGAACCUCCUCCCCCGGAACCAGAGGAGGUUGAAGAAGAGGUCGAAGAAGAAUCUAUACUAACAGAAUAUGAUCCGGAUGACUUUCUAUCUGGAGCAGUCAAUACACUUGACUCGUCUAUUCCCCUCGAUUUGUUCGAUUUUGAAUAUUCGUACGGCUACAACUGUCACAAGUACUUUAACCUGUGCGCGUGCGACGAGAGCGUGGUCUGCUGGGCCGCCGGCAGCAUCAUCACGUUCAUGGACGUCAACACCAAGCAGACUUGGUUCAGAAGAAGCACUACGGGCGGCUCCGUUGGUAACAUUACGUCAUAUCGAAUAGACCCUAACUACCGCAUAGCGAUCGCUGAAGGCAAAGAAGGCCAUCGGGAACCUGUCAUAAUGAUCUACACCUGGCCUCAGAUGGAAAUCGACGCGGUAUUAAGAGAAGGCACUGCCAAUGCCUACUCUAUUCUUGACUUUAGUCCCAACGGUGAGCUGUUAGCAUCGGUCGGUAAAGAGCCAGACUACAACCUGACCAUAUGGAAUUGGAGACGACACAAGAUUUUGCUACGCACCAACGCUUUUACGUUUGACGUUAACGGUGUUAUGUUUUCACCAUAUUGUCCAGGACAACUCACUACUGCAGGUGCCGCACACAUUAAAUUUUGGAAAAUGGCCGAGACUUUCACAGGUUUGAAGUUGAAAGGCGAGUUAGGUAGAUUCGGAAAAACUGAAAUUUGUGACGUUCUCGGAGUCUACCCUAUGCCUGACGAAAAGGUGCUAUCAGGGUGUGAGUGGGGCAACAUUCUGGUUUGGGAGGCCGGCUUGGUCAAACUGGAGGUGACGCAACGCGCUCGGAAAACUUGUCAUAAAGCCCCAGUGAUUCAAUUCAUGCUAAGCCCGGCCGGCGACGAGGUGACCACCAUUGCGCGGGACGGGUGCGUGCGCGCAUGGUACUGGGACACCGUGGAGCAGGCCGACCCCCCCGAAGACGAUCAGUACGUCGAGCUCAACCCUGUGGCCGAGACUUGUGUACCGAAUUGUCAGAUAAUGUGCUUGAAACAUCAGAAAGACAUGUAUUGGUAUGCACAAGAUGGUAAUGGGGGAUUAUGGACUGUGGAUUUGGAUAUAGACAAAAUAGAGUGUAACCAUCGCAGAAUCAUGACCUGUCAUGCAGGACCAAUAGUCGCGAUGAUUGCUCUACGCACCCACCCCAUCCUGAUCACGGCUGGUGAAGACGGUGCUUUACAAGCUUACAAUACGGAGACUCAUAUUCUGCUAGCGCGCUAUACCUUUCCACAACCUAUUACUUGCGUGUUGUACCCACCCAUUGACGUGGAUGAAACAUCUCGUAUAAUAAUGGUGGGGUUCGCGGACGGCAUCAUGCGCACGCUGCUGGUCCACCCGGAGCGGUUCGAGGCGCACACAGCGAUGAUCGACGUGAGGGUUCAUUCCGCGCUCACUAUCCACAGCGAGGACUCCGUCCAUCCUGACGUCAUUGACCUCAUUUCGCUUCUAAAGCCCCACUCAAAGUCAUUGACGCAAAUAACGAUAAAUCAUGACCGAUCUCUCCUCGUCACUUGCGGGCAAGAUUGCACCAUUUUCAUGUACCAGUUGGUGUUGGGGAUGCCUUUUCAACUGUUCCGGCUGGGGUUCAUUGAGACACCCAACAACAUUGAGUACAUGACUUGGAAGCCCGAAGAGACAAGAGUCCUAUUGCUAUGUGGACAAGACGGAUUUCUGUGGGAGACUGUAUUGCCCGAUGUCGAAUGCCAAGAAUAUACGAAGAUUACCACUUUCAAACUUGAAUUUGACUCAUAUAAAGAAAUGCAAAUUAAAAAGUAUUAUAUGCGCAACCGUCCUUUCCCUACUGAGGAAGAACUUGCGAGUAUUGACGAAGAAGCUUUAAAAGCAAAAGAAGAAGCAGAGAAGGAAAAAGAUGAUGAUGAAGAAGAAGAAUGGCUUGGAGAAAUAGAGCUCAUUGAAAGUGAUGACCCAUUUGGACCCACUAUCACAUGGGCGGAGUACGGAGAGGAAGGAAUCUGGAUAAUUCAGGAAGGCACCGGAGCUCUACUUCUUAUAAAGCCCACUGGAAACAAGAUCCUUAAGUACGGGCCCUUUCCUGGAGCGUGGUGCGAUAAUAUCACGUCACUGAAAUUUGUAUGUGAAGGACGAUACUUAGUUUUUGGAACAAAUACUGGCUACAUUCGCGUAGUGAGGAUGCCUACUGAUGAGGAAGAUACGACAGAAGUCCAUUACCUGAAAUGGAUGGCUGCCACGGCAAAAUUGCUAAAGAAGCUCAAAGGACGACGCCUGGCUAAGGAAGAGGGUCAACCUACUCCUCGAAUAGACUUUAAUGAUCAUUAUUACCUACCAAUGCAUGAUCGCUACACUGGAGCUAUAACUUGUCUAGAGUUUAGUCAUAAUGGAGAACGAUUUUAUACAUGUGGAGCAGAUGGAAACAUUUUCUCAUAUACAAUUAACUUUCAAGAACCUCUUUUACCGAAAGAACCAAUAAUUCCACCAAAAGAAGUACCUAAAAUUGAACGAGUGAAGGAGCCCAGUACAGUUGAAGGCGAACUGAUGUCCCAUGAGCAACUAAAACAGAAAGAAGAGUACGACAAAAUGAUGGCGAUUGCUAACGCUCACAAGAAGCGGGUUAGAGAUCAGCUGGCUGAAAUCACUGUCGAAUAUAACAAGAUCAUAAAAGCGAAUCGUGUGUUACCGUUCUCCCAGCAAAUUGACGUGACUAUAGACCCUCGUCCUCUGGCGGUGCAGGAAGAGGAGCUGGAUGUCGCGAAGGCGCUGACGAGGAGAAAGCUAGCGCAUCAACUCGAGGCCUCUGACUUGGGUCUGCACAAAAUGUAUUCGAGGAACAUUAUACAGCUUGAUGUCUUCCCCUUCACAUUGAAAGCUAUUAGGGAUCCUGAAGUAGUGAUAAGACCAUUGCGACAAAAGAAUUUGUCGCAAGCAUUUUUCGACCAACUAGAAGAAGUGCAUCAGAAAAUGGCUGAAGCGGCGUUACGUGGAAGGCGUCAAGAAUCUACAGCUCGUCGCGCAGCGGCGCGUAAAUCGAGUUGGGGUCCCCCAAAAGUUGCAUCCUUUUUGCUAGGCCUGCCUCCCAAACCACCUCAUCCGCUGAAGAAAGCGCUGCGGAAUUAUCACCAGCGCUUGAAUCGACAUCAUUUGCAGUUUAUAGAGUGGCAAGAGCAUUUGUCUCGGAAGCCAGACCCCAAUGCCUUGCCCCCUGGCGCAGCAGAAGCGCUGAAAGAGGCUGAAGCGACGAUCGGCAACCGCCUGCUGAAGUCUCAGCCUGACUACGUGGCUCCUCCAGGGCAUAACACCCAACUUAGGGUGUGUCUCCUUAGGCAAGAGAUCUACGAUACAAAAAGAGAAUUUAAUUUGAAAAUAUUAGAACUGCGGGAGCACAAACUUCGGCUGGUGGAUAAGAUGAAAAAGAUAGGAGAAAGACUGGGAGAGAUCCGAGUGGAAAUACCGCCGAAAUUGGUCAAGCAGCCGCCAGCGAUACCGCAAAUUGACGACGACCUUGAGUUCCCGGAGAAGAACUUGGAGAUAAACCCAGAGCCAGUGGUAGUGCCGGUGAGGGGGGCAGGCAAAAAGUCUCUAAUAAAAGAAAGGGCGGAGCGCAAGGUGUCCGGCUUAUAUCCCGUACAAAGAAUACGCCAACCAAGGGUCAACAAAUUUAUUCCCAUUACUGAAUCGCGCCCGCUGGCUGCAUCUUGGGAACUCCUGAGGCCGAGACCUGAUCAUGAAUUUUCAGAUAUUGAGAUAGAAAUACGUAAUAGACGUAUUGAGAGACAUUUAUACGAGCAAGACAUGUUGCUAGCUGACGCCGCAGUUUCAAUACAACAAUUUGACGCCCGCUUGAGACAGUUGCAGCGGGAACGCAUCCGAGUACAGGAGAAAAGUCAACUGCUGGAAUUACAUCUUUACCAGCUUCAUAGAGAAAUGAACGUUUUAAAUCGGUUUGAAGCUCACGAAGACAGGUUAGCUGAAAGGGUCUACGCCAAACUUAUGCAGGUUCGUGCUGUCCAAGAACAGAUAUUGGACUGUGAGAUGCGUAUAGAAGAACACAAGCAAGAAAAAGAAACAUUGGAUGUGUCUUGUCAAGAAUUACAGAGGCAGUUUAAGCGCUUGGUCCAAGACAAUAAGUUUGCAGAUUUCUUACGGAGGAUUUUCAAGAAGAAGUACCGACCACCAAGAGAUCGUGAUGAUGAUGAAUCUUCGGAAUCCGAAUCGGAGUCGUCUUCCAGCGAGGAAGAAGAUGAAGGCAGUCUUGAUAGCCGAGACAUCGGACCGAUCAGACUUGAUCCCAAUAUAUGUCCUGAAGGUUGCGAUAGGGAUGUCUACGAUAAGACUUACGAUUUGAGAAAUACCAGACACAAGCACGAACAAGAAAUGUUAGAACAAGACCGCUUAGUGGAGCUCCUCAGAAGAGAUAUCGACGCUCACAACAAAGUGAAGCGCAAGUUGUCUGCCCAACUGGACAAGAGGAAGAAUGACCUGAGGGAAUUCAUGAUGGAGAAACAAAGCUGUUUGAACGACGUGACAACGACGGUGAUACUGCGCUACGACCAGAUCCGAGCUUCCGCGUUGCGCGGCUGCACCGGACCGGACGGGCUUUCCAAGACCGUGGUGUUCCCGGAGCAAACGCUGCUGAAGCUGCGCAAGAGAGUGCUCGAGUUGCAAGAUGAGAUAAAACAACAAAAACAACGACAAAAGGUGAAUCGCACCCAUCUAUUUCGCAUGAACAUCGACCUCCGCGCGAUGGAAGCACAAGCUGACGACCUGCGCGCGCAGAUGCGAGACGUGCUCACGCGCAAGCUGGGGAAGCCUCGGAAAGUCGACAAGACCCUGGACGACCUGCUGAGACUGAUGGCGAGAAGACACAAAUUCUCGGGCACUCUUGGUGUGCAACAGCAAAUUCUAAAACAACUACGCGAAUGGCGGGACCGCUACAGCGAACUAGAGAAGAAAUAUCUCCAAUCAUUGACUCAUUACUCGAACCGGCUACGUUUGGCUGCAGCGUUGCAGGCCGAUAUACUGCCUCAAAAGCUAAUGAAAGACCCCACGAUCAUGCCGGGUGACUACUCUCCGGACCAAUAUCAACGAGACGUAGUGCGCUUGCGCAUCGUGCGCUUUCAGCAACGAGAAACAAUAAAGGCAUUACAAGAGGAGAUCCACGGUUUGCGACUGAAGCCGCUGUCGCAGCCCGCGGUACGCGAGAUAGCCACGCCGAUGGAGUCGGAGCAAUCGGAGAUAUACCUCUUCAUGAUUCCUACAACAUCUAGGGCACGCCGUAAGAAAUAUUUCCCCAUCACUCCGUUGGGUUCCCAAGUGACAGUGUAUGACGUAAACAUAAUGAAGCUCCUGUACAACUGUCUGGAUGCUAUGCGCGUGUCACGGGAGGAGGCUGAUCAACUGCUCAAAGAACUGACAGAUAUGUUGCCGGACGUCAUAGCUGGAAACAAAUCUCGAUACGAAGUGGUGGACGCUUUAGUCCGCAAAUGGCUGUUAAAGUAUGGAGGAGACCCGAAAAUGUAUAAGAAGCAGACGAGGGCGUUCGAUGCGGUGGCCGCUUUAGCUGACCGUCUCAUCAGGGAUCACAUUGAGACAAUGGAAGGUGCAUCGCCAGAGUCUCAUCAGGUCAUGGAGAAGUUGGAAGAGGCAUUGAAAGACAUGUCCGAUGACACUCAGCCGCUGGGCGAGCGCCUCGGCCCUGCUUUAGCUGCUCUGUUCCACACGGCACAAGUUGCUGAUCUAGAAACUGAAGAAACAAUGGCAUCCCUUGUGAAUUCCCUGGUAGAUUCUAAGCAUCCGCUCACUAUGGCGUCCAUUGAACGCAUUGACAAAUUUAACGUUAUUGAGGAUAUUCAAGAAUGCGGCGUGCAGGCGAGUUCUGAGGAGGUGGAACAUAUUGUGGACCUUGCGGUCGAGUGCCUGCGCGCGCAGGUCAUGACCGCUGACGAGGAGAUGCAACUGCAAAUAGUCCUCGAUCAGGUGGCCGAUGAUACGCAAUCAACGGUGACAACUGACCGCAUGUCGACCCGCAGCCGCAAGUCGAAAACUAAGGAAGAUGAAUAAUUAUAAGCACCUACACAAAUAAUAAUUACUUAGAAAACCUAGUUCCUAGUCCUAGUUUACUAUUGCUUUAGACUUUUAAUUUACAUUUUGCAUACCUAAUCACUUAUCAAUAGAUUAGUCAUAGGUACCACAUUGCUGGAGAGGAAAGUUUGCAGGACAUCACCCUAAUCUUCUAACGUCAACUAUCUUGUAAGCUGCAGUAGUAGUACAUAUAGUAUAGUAAGUCUGUAUAGUUGAUACUUAGAUGGUGUUCCAUUGCCCAUAGUUAAAUAAAAACGAAAAAACAAAUUAAUGCCAGAUAUAGAUAUAAGAUAUAGGCUCACUAGGCGAGAUCGACAUACUUUUGUUUCCUUCUUCUUUCCGUGUCGAUGGCAAAUCUACAUACGCUCUAUUAGAUACUUAAAGCACGGUAACGCAAAGCGUUAGUGAACCAGUCACUACACCACGAUGGCAAAUCCGGAAGGAAUUUCUUUGGUUUCCUUGUAUUGAUAAAGAGCUCCCAUACAAACUAUAUAAUAAUUUAUAAUCUAAAGGUUGAUUCGCAUCUCAAUUUGCCGAUAGUGUAUUGGCAUUUAACUUAGUAGGUACUUAAUGGUGAAUGGUCCUGCAGGCUACGUCUGUUAUAUUAUCUCUAGCUGCACUGGAUAGUGAAAGGACAAUUCAGUGGUGUGUGUAAUGUGGGCAACAUUACAUUUACAAUAGGUAUAAUAGGUGCCUGUACUAUUUGUUGUAUUUUACAUAAUUGUGA